CUGACUCCGUCGUGUGUGAGACAUGAUUAUACUGAUCCUAUACCGGCAAUAAGUAUCACAAGUCUACAGUGACGGGUGUUAUUUCCUUUACGUGACUGUCCUGUUGCAAGACAUUGUCUGUAACUGUACCGGAAUUAUUUCAUUAAGUGUCAUUCGAUUAAUUAAAUGGCUGUAAUGUCAUAUAGAGUGUCGCUCACUAAACAUAAAUCCUUUUUCACGAUGUCGUUUGCUUAAUAACAUGAGUGUAGAGUCAGUGACUGUCAAAUUUGCUUCAUUAAGUGUCAUUCGGUUUAUAAAGUGACUUUUCCCCCAUAUACAGUGUCGUUCACUACAACGGAAAUCCUAAUUAUAGUGUCACUCGGUUAUGAACGUGAUUGUACCGCCGCAAAUUGAAGUGUUUAAUGUUCACAACUAUAACAAUUACUUCAGUAACUGUUAUUCGGAUGAAAAACUCACUGUAUUCCCACCGUAACAUUUCGUUCGCUGUAAUAAACCCCUUCAUGUUGUCAUUUGUUUAACAAUGUGAUUUUAACGCCACAUAUCCAAAUAUGAAGUGUCAAUAAUGGAAUUACCUCACCAUCUGUCAAUUGGUUAAUAAACUGACUGUACCCCUGUGUCGUUGAAUAUGACAUAAACACUUAUCGCAGUGUUAUUCAGUUAAAAUUUUUAAUUAAACAUAUUAAGAACUACAACGAAAUAUGAAUUACUUUGUGUAGUAUAAUUUAAGAUAGUGAAUGUAGUGUCAGUUGCUAAAUAUAAUAUAACUUAUUGGAACGACGUUAAUCGAUUAACCAAUUGGUACAUCAACAUAUUUAAAGAAUAUUAGUCGUUAAUUAUUUCUUAAUGCAGUGUCAUUCUGUACACAAACUGUCUGUACUGCCACGAACUGAACAAACAAGAGCAGUAAUUUCUAACAAAAUUCAAUGCACGCGCAGUAUCUGAGGGUGUCAAAUACAGUGACAUUAUUUGAACAACGUGGCUGUUUCGUCGUAGAUUAUAAUUAUUAUUCAUGGAAAAUUUGGACCCCGCUCUCAUCAAACACACGUUUCCCCUGCAGGCUUCAUUCGACAGAGUGAAAAAUUAUUCUCAAUAUACGAGUUGUGUUUAUAAUGUUGCCAUGGAAAUACAAUAGCCAAACUGGUUUUGAUAUUAAUUAAGGCGUACCAAUUACCUGCAACAAACAAAGUAGUCGAAAUGAAAUACGUAUUUCGGAGUGUAUUUCAACACUAUAAAAAUGUUUCAAUUUAUACGUCGUAUGCCGAGUGAGCAAUAUGAUGAAGCUAUUGAUUAACAUUAGUGCAGCAAGGAAGAGGGUGAACUAAGAAGGGUCAGAGUUCGAAUUACGCCAUUGUUGAAGGCAAGCAGUGUGUGCUGCGAUUGUUUUUGUGUAAUAAACUUUGGAAAGUUGAAACAAGCUCGUUACGGUCUAAUCAGUGCCAUAUUGUGAGAAGCAGUGAAAGAAAUGCAGUGAACGUCUACAAAAAAUCUUCGUGAGUGAGGGUCUUUGGGAGGGUCUCGGGGCAAUCUCGGCCCGAAGGACACCUCCUCUGCCUCCGCACUACAUCAGGUGGACGCCUCCACGCAGGCCGAUAUCGUACCGGAACUCGCGCCCUGUUACGAGUCCGAGGAUGAGACGAUGGGGCGUCGCAACAAGGUGGCCAGCGAUUUGCAUCUGCAGCGAAACAAGAGAGGCACGCCACUGUACUCCAAGGAAGAUAUCCGAGAGCAGUACUGCAUCACCAGCAAACAGCUAGACGUGCUAGAGAGAGCGAGAGGCUCUGGGCUCUUCGGCUGUCUUUCCAACUAUCACGAGAGCUCAUGCCAAUCGCGGAACUCCCUGCUGUCUGUCUGUGUGAAGCGCAAAGUGCCCAGCGACGAAAAUCUCCACGAACUCUGCCGCCGCCCUGCCGCCGUUUACGCGCCUCUACCUCGCUGGCCGCGCUACCCGCCCCCCGCACCACCGCCUCCUGAGUUCUGCCACUAUGACGACGACCUGGAGUGUUCAUACUUCCGACGCCGGCCCAGAACUCUCUGCAACGCUGCAGCUGCCUCCGCGGACCCCAAGAGGUACACGUGGAUGACGGAGGACGAAGAAUCGACGAGAAUGGAAAGGCCUCGUCCCAUAUUGGAUGGAGACUAUGAUGGAGUUCUCCACUACCCCCGAAGACCAGGGUCUUGUAUGGCCCGCUAUCCCGCCCACAGCCACUACCUGAGUUACAGCACAGAGUUUCUGGCAGGACCAUGCCCCGCGCACCCCGACUUGCCGCCACCCCCACCGCCCCCAGCCAUGCCGCACCACCACGAUGCGCCGCCUCAACACCGGACUAAGCACGUCAGCUUUGCCCGCUCCCACACCCUGACCUCGUUUGACGACGCCGUGGGCGGUAAGCCAGUGGUAGUCGCCCGCAGCCAGGAGAGGCUCAUCGACGGCAAGAAGAGCCUGGGCGAACAGCAGCAGGGCGGUCCCACGCUGGGCGAAUCGCCUAAAGUCGUCAUUAUGGAAAAAGUUAAACGCGCACCCAUGAAGACGCAGGCAACACAAACGGAAGUGUGUUUGGGACGAAAACCACUAGCACCCAACUACCUGUCACUGAGCCCUCGAACCAUACACCGGGUACGUAUGGUAUCACAAGGGGCGCAGACCAACGGAAACAACAUGACUCGUCGCCUAAUGAAGAGCUACUCAGAAGCCGGAGAAAGGUUCGGCGUCGUGUCGUCUGGUGGCGUUGGCUCCGGUUACCCAUAUCACUACCCCAUGGACGGAUACAACGAUAUGAGACGAGGAUCAGAACAUGAACCAUUGCACCGGACGCAGUCUGAGGAACCCCCGCGGUCGCCAUUCCUCGUAACCACACCCCCAGACAGUCCAAGCAACAUAUCCCAACCUCAGGCCACCACAGGACCUCCUGCAGAAACAGAAACGCUGCAGACUCCUGCACAACAGUCGGAGCCUGCAAAGAGGAAGUCCUCUAAGAUGUACAAAGAAAUCUUCAUCGACUUUGAACCACAAGGACUGGAACGGCGUGGCAAAAAACGCAUGCUCCAAAAGACCAUGUCUGAAGGCGAGAUCCUAGUAGAUCGGCACCACGGAAGCACGUAUAACAGUACAACGGACAUGGACCUGAUGGCAGAUAAUGGAGCAGAGGGGCCAGAUGGUGAGGCUGAUGUUCAAGCAGACAGUGACUAUGGGUCUUACUACCCUCACCAUUUGGAAGAUAAUGAUGGUUAUUUGGAGCCCCUUGAAAAGCGGUCUGCCUCACUCUUCUCAUCAACACCAGCUGAUCUGGAAACUGAAGGAACCAGUCCACCACUCGUGGAGGAUCAGCAGGACGAUGAAUUCCAUGAGAACCUCAUUUAUCAUGGCUUGUUCCGGAAGAGGAGCAUGUCACUGGAAGACACUGUGGUGUCAUCCACUGCCAGUGACCCAGACAUGGAGGUGUUCCAGCAGCAGAGGCCUACAACAGUCGCUACCAACACUGGCCCUGACGAGGAGGAUGAUGAAGAUGAAGUGUCAGAGGCACGGUCGGCCCCACCCGUAAUUCUGCAUGAUCGAGGGGAUAUCAGUGAAGAGGAUGUGGACACCAUGGAGCAUGAGGAGACAGCACCUGAGAAGAAGAUUCAGGAGGAAGUGAGUCCUCAGAUGCAGGACAAAACAGACAAGGAUGCAGAGCUGCUGCCACCUACAACACCAUUGACACAGCCAUCCUCUCUUUUUGCCUCAAGCGACUCUCUAGCAAAUGACUUGCGUGAUCAUAGCGAUGGAAUCUGGAAUGAGUCACAGGCCACGGUACUCCAAGUAGCUGAUGCUGACAUAAAUACCUUGAGUGGGACAGAACUCAGUUCUCUGUCAGCUGCAGGGUCUGGCGCCCUUCUGGCCCUGACACCAUCAUCAAGACGCAAACAGCUCCUUCUUCUACAGCACCAGCAACGCAGCUCCAUGGACACUGAGGCUUUGGAUGAGGAACUAGGAGCAGAGUUUGAUGCUCAGGUCCCACAGGCCCCUUCUUCUCCCAGAAUAUGCAUCGAAUCCAUGGCAUCCCUCAAACCGAGUCCAUCAGCAGUGCCAACACCCAACCAGGAAGUGCCACAGAUGCAGGAGAAUGUCAUGGGCAUCAGAAGACGGCCUUCACCCUCUCCUGAAAGGCUAGACCACGGGGUUCCUCUGUCACCAUGUCCACGAGAGAGUGUUCUCUCUACCAGCCCCAGCCGACCGCGAAGAGAACUGAGAAGUAGAAAGAGUCCCAUACCAGGUGCACGAACUCCAGACUCUGGACACGAUUCAACACAGCAACAAUCAUCAUCACUUGAGUCAUCAGAGGGAACAACACGUGGUUUUGGACCAUCAGUACCUGACCUCCUGAUGCUAGCUCGAACCGACUCAGGUGGCAAGACGGGAACAGACCUAUCAGAGACCUCUACCUGCACUACAGAAGACUAUGUCACUGCCAAUGAUACGAAUAAUUCUGGGACAGACACAAGUUCCCGGCGCAGUCUGCCUCAUGCUGUGGGUGCCCCAGCUGUUGGUGGUACUGGAGGAAGCAUUGGUGCUGGGGAUGGUAGUUCCUUUGAGAGUGCCUCUUCCAUCUACAGUUUUACAAGGGAAAUGACUGAGGAUCUGAUACAGGUUUCAUGUUCUCCACCUCCCAUCCAAGAAGAAAGCGAUCUGCCUACUACACCACAAGUUGAGAGCGAGGAUAACCAAACCAGUACUACCCCACGUGUCAGUGUGGACAUGACAGCAGCCCAACAGCAGUUGAGGGCAUCACCAGGGUACAAGGAUGGGGCCACAUCGCCCAGUGGAGACACCAGUAGCAGUUCUGGCAGUUACAGCGUGGAGGGAAGUGGUGAUGAAGCAGAGGACAAGGAAGCGACAUCACCUCCACGUUCACCUGUGCAGAAGCCAAUGAAGGCGGCUUCAGGAGCAGCAGCCUCUGGGUCAGACGACGAGGAACGUAGUGCCCACUAUUCCAGUUCUGGGUAUUAUGAAUCACCACCUGAUGAAGAGGAAGGCUAUGGAUCAGCAGGGGGUAGAGUUCCAUCAGGCGAGAGGAGGGAGUGGACAGAAGAGGAGAAGCGGCGCCGUAAGAAAGGCUUCAAGCUAGACUUCUCCCCAAUGAUAGAGCAGGAAGGCACUGAAUCUACAUCUCCUGCAGGGAAACACAAAGAAGCAGAGGGCUCUAAUAGGCGAUCAUCAAAUAAAAGCGAACACUCCAGCAAGGAAGAACUGAAGAGGAUGAGUGAGAAGAAAACUACACCCCCAGGAAAUGAGGGCAAGGACAAGGAACGUUCUACCACUGGUAGAAGAACUAAAUCCAGGAGUCGAAGUCCUGUCCACCAUCACAGACGAACUCCAUCUGCUGCCACAGCAAUGACAGGAAAUAUCCAGCCCAGUACCAAGAAGGUGCACCGGGACAAGAGCGAUAAGGAGGUGAUUACACCAGGGAUGGUACGAAGCCCAGCCAUGCACGAGGGGUUCCGGGCUGAAGACUGGGGCACACUGCAGAGGACCACAACACCGGUACACACCCCAGAGGAUGGUACUUUGCUGGGUAAUGGGACAGGAACACCUGCAGCUGCUGCAGAUGGUGGAGGAGGCACAUCAGAUGACUCAAGCUGUGGUGGAGGCAGUGGCAGGCGUGCAUCAGAGGCAGGCAACACCACACCCACACAGCAGCAGCAGUCACCUCGAAGACACAGGCGUGUGAGAGACUCUCCACGCAGGAAAGCUGCCCCAGGCGGUGGACGUAGUCCCACCACUACCCAGCAGAGACUACGGCGUCGCAGCGGUAGUGGAGAGGAGAAAGUACUGAGCUCAGCUGCCACUCUGGCACGACGCCGUUCAUCCAUCCCAGCCAAAUCUCCGCUCACACAGCAAGCACCAAUGAUUGGUCUGGGUAACGAGGAUGCAACACACAGUAGUCACCUCAGUCCACAUCGCUACUCCAGGAGUCCAGGUGGCUCACCCAGUCGCAGUAAGCACCGUUCACGUGGCUCUCCAAAACAGAUGGCAGCUACUAGUGAAACAGCAGUCAAUAAGGCUCAGGGUGCAAUGAGUCCCGAGUCAAGUCGUCUCAAAGCACUGAGUGCUGAGUCACUGCGCUCUGUUAGUCCAGGGAGUGACAGUGUGUUCUACAGUGAGGGUGCAGACCACAGCAGCAACACCACAACUCUGUGCCACCACUGUGGACGUGAAGUGGACAGGAGCGCCGUUCUCUCUGGCCUUGAGGAUGGAGAGCCAGGUGGGAAUGAGACAAUAGAACCUGAGCCACCUGACAUUGUACAGCCGCCUGCAGGUUUCGCAGAUUCCCCUGAGGGCUCCCGAAAUAAAGCAGUAUCCAGUGGGCGGCUCUACAAGAAGUUAGAGAAGAGAUACAGGUCUGAGGAGCGGAGUGGCCAUGGUGAGAGGAGGCACCACAGCCGCUACCGGUGUGACGGUGCACGUGCCAAGUCUGAGGAACGCGGUCGUGAAGACCGAGUUAAACUUAGGCCAUUGGCGCGGUCGACAGAUGCAAGCUUGGAAAUGUUACGAGCUGCAGGCUCAAGCCCGAAUGUGAUGGUUCACGACACCAGUAUGUCUGACCUGGCUGCAGGGGAGGGUGAAGAGGAGGACACCGGGGUGUAUGCAGAAUCCUAUAAAAACGCCACCUGGAUCUACAUUGGUGAUUCUGAAGAGAUGCAUGUGUGGCAGAAACCAGAAACUAAGGGAGAAGAAAAAGAUGACAAAAGUGGUGAAUGGGCAGAUGAGGACGGACCUCAAGCUGGGGGUGCAAGAAGGGACUCUACUGAAUCAACAGGCUCAGAAAAGGAUUUCCGGCGGAAGUACCAGGCCAUUACUCAUCGCAUGGUUCACCGGAAAUCAAGUGUUGAAAUGUACAAACGCCUAGCAUCGAAGUCAUUUGCAGAUACACAUGUCCGUGGAUCCCUGUCUCAGUCACUCCAGGACUUACUAAGACUGAUGCUGAAUGUAUGGUGUAAAGCAGCGCUGGCUGUUAAGGUAGUUGCUGCCAAACCCAACGAGUGUGACAAGACAGUGAUAGUGAGACGGGAGUCUGGUGAGUUUGGGUUCCGGAUACAUGGUUCUCGCCCCGUUGUGGUGUCUGCCAUCGAACCUGAUACUCCUGCUGAGACAUCUGGCCUUGAGGUCGGGGACAUAAUUAUAAGUAUCAACAAUGUGAAUGUCCUAGACGCGUCUCACUCUGAAGUCGUCAAGAUUGCGCAUGCAGCAGGGUCAGACACUCUGGAGCUGGAGGUCGCUAGGACGUGCAACGUGCUGACGCCUGUGGUGAGGGAGCCUGGGGCUGGCAGCCCCCUAUACUCAGGAUACUUGUGGAAAUUGGGUGGACUGAGCAAUGGGGCCAAAUGGGUGCAGCGAUGGUUUUGCCUCAAGAGGGACAAUUGUCUCUACUACUACAAGAAUGAUACAGAAAGUCAACCUCUUGGAGCUUUGAUGCUGGUGAACUACAGGGUGUCUCGCACACCUGACAGUGGCCGACUCUACAGCUUUCUGCUGGACAAGACUGGUGCUACCGGACUCCAUUUGGCUGCUGAUGAUGAAGAGUCAGCUAUGCGAUGGCUUGCAGUCAUCAGCCACUCCAUAGAACGAAAUGCUCAGAUGGACCAGUGGCUGGACAUCAGUAACAGGAAGCUCAAGCUGGCAGCCAGCGCUGUUCAGCAGCCAGAUUGCUUUGGCUACCUCAUGAAGCUAGGUCACAAGUGGAAGGCAUGGAAACGGCGCUACUGUGUGCUCAAGGACGCCUGUCUCUACUUCUACCAGGAUGGCAGCUCAGAUGGAGCUUUAGGCAUGGCAUGCCUCCAUGGCUACCGAGUGCAGAAUUCUACUGCUGGAGGGAAGCGUUUUGCAUUUGAGAUCCUGCCCCCUGAAAUUCGCCAGAGACAUUACUACUUCUAUACAGAAACAGAGAUGGACAAGAAGAGAUGGUUGGCAGCACUGGAGUAUUCCAUUGACCGCUGGAUCAAAGUGGGCUGACGCAAGUGCCUCGGAUGUUGGAAGCAACAGACUAACAAGGAAAACAACAAUUACCACUCAACUGUCUUAGGCUAUGCCUUAGUUUCUACACUCUCAUAGACACAACUGAGCAAGAUGGCUAACCAGUUUUAACUGCCUCAUAACCAUUCAGGCCCUGCUAGACAGGUGGUUAACUGAAACGCAUAUAAGCCUAGCUCAUAAAAACAACACAAACAUACGAAAUCGAAAAUGACAGUUCAGGGCGAGCUAAUGGCCGGUUAAUGUAUGUGUUGAUAACAGAUAUCAUUAUACAUGUAGUCUAGGUAUGGUGUUGAAAGUAGAGAUUGGUCAAAUGGGAGCAUUUAGGUUAAUGUGCAAGGCAAACAACCAUUUUGUUUGAAGUUUUCCAUGCAAAAAUACAGAAGUGUUAUUGGUAACUGCAGACGCACAAAACAACAUGACAGUAGGUCAGACUGCCUUGUCAAAAUGGGGUACCAAGCAACAUGAUGACACAGGCAGCUGAUCACAGUCUGUUGAAUGUUUUAGUGUAAAAGAUUCUUUUCCAGUCGAUGGGAAAUUAAGCACCAGUUAUAGAAAAUAAGAAUAACUGUUGUGUGUAUUACAUUACCCCAUCAUGCUGGUGCCAGCAGAAGGGGGUAGUUUUCCUUGCAGAAGUUUGUAUCUGUUAAAGGAUAUGUUCCACAUUUUUUAGCAUUAAUUGAAAAGAUUUAAAUGAAACUAUAUAUAAUUGUUAUUACUGUUUAAAAAAGAAAAAACCUUAAAUUAAUACAGAUGCUGUAUAGAUUUUAAACAAAGAUUUUAAAAACAUACCAAAGAGCUUCCUUCGAAUGAAAGAAGUUAAUUAAACUAGAAUAUCAUAAUCUGUGCCGUUAGUGUGUAAAUCUUUUUUUGCGUGGCCUGAGAUGGGGUCAGGUUGUCCUCCGCACUUGACCUACAAUAAUAUGAUUGAUGAGGUUCAGACACACCGAAUCGUUCGUGUUCAGACCCCAGAAGUAUAACUUCUCAAUCCUUACUGCCAAAUUUUUAAAACCUAUGUAUUUUUUUAAGUCAUGCAUUGAAGGCCUUAGUUUAGUUUCCCCAUAAGACACAGCCCAGUUGAGGCCUAGUUUGAGCGGGGGCUUGCCUGACACAUAUCAGGAACUGUGAAUGCAGUAUCAGAGUGAAUGUAACAGAAAAAAAUUAUUUAUAGUUUUUGUCUAGGAUAAACUUUAAUAAUUUCUAAAAAAAGAAAGCUCAAAUUAUUUAAAAACACAAGACUUGAGAUAAUAAUGCGGGUUGAAAUAAAAUUAACAAAAUAACUAAAGAAUAAAAAACUACCUUACCAAGGAGUUGCCAAUGUUUCAUUCCUUGUGUCCAUGAGUUUUUGUUGUCUCAGUGGGAGAAGAUGUGUAAUAUCAUUUAUUUAUCAACUUUCAGUGUUCA